AGAAGAAGUUGUUUUUAUUAUUCAACUUGAAAGCAUGUUGGAGUAGUGAAGGCUUGCUGUAGUUUAUGAAGCGCUAUAAACGGUCUCAGGACCAAAGUGCGAUUUUUCAGCUUUCCAGCAAAACACUGAAGCUCUGGUCACUGAGUUAAUUAACAAAGAGGCGUCGCAUGGCAUGAGGAGCAGCUGCAAGACGAGUAAACAUCACCUUCAGCAUCAUUUCCUGACACGUGUUCGUAUGUUCACGGCGUUUUCACACAGGCAAACCAGCCUAAGAAAUAUUAGUAUCAUCCUCACUGGUGCAGGGGGGAAAGCUGUUUUCCAUAUCCUUAUUUUUGAAGUGGCUUACCUCCAUUUAAAGUCCCAGCAUCAGCGUUGUUUAAAACUCUUUAAAUGAACUCUGCAGCAGAUAGUUCAUGCUCUUGGACACAUGCUCCUGAUCCUGCUGUCUCACAGCAUUGUGAGGAUGAGUGCAUAGAUACUGAUGUGGGAAACUCAAGCUCCAUGGAGCAUGUCUCCUUUGUGGAUGAGCAGAAUGCAGGAUUCAAGAUGGGGCCUCUAAAAGAAGAGCCUGAAGACAAAGAUUAUCUCUGUGGAGGAACAUCGAGCUCUGUUGGACACUUAAUCCAGAAAACGGAAUUUCUGAAGAAUCCUAUAAAGGUGGAAGAUUUGGAAAAUAAACUUGAAGAGGAAGAUUCUCACUGUGAAGGAACAUCGAGCUCUGUUGGACACACGGUCCGGAAUGCCGACUUUCUGAAGAAUCCUAUAAAAGAGGAAGACUUGGAAGAUGAAGACUACCUGUACUGUGAGGAUUGCAAAGUCUUCUUCAUAAACAAAUGUGAAGUUCAUGGUCCGGCUCUCUUCAUCCCUGAUACUCCUGUUCCACUGGGUGUCGCUGACAGAGCCAGACAAACACUCCCACCCGGACUAGAGAUACGGGAGUCCAGUAUUCCUCAUGCGGGUCUGGGAGUGUUUAAUGAAGGGGAGACUGUUCCAGUUGGUGCACAUUUUGGACCCUACCAGGGAGAUCUGGUAGACGGAGAGGAAGCUAAGAACAGUGGAUAUUCCUGGGUGAUAUUUAAGAACAGACUACCUGAGGAAUACAUAGAUGCUAAGAGAGAGGUGCAUGCUAACUGGAUGAGAUAUGUGAAUUGUGCUCGUAUUGAUAAGGAGCAGAACUUGGUGGCUUUUCAGUAUCGAGGGGGGAUUCUAUAUCGUUGCUGUCGACCCAUUAAUCCAGGACAGGAGCUGUUGGUGUGGUAUGAUGAGGAGUAUGCCAAAGACCUUAGUGUUGUCUUUGACUACCUCUGGAACAAAAAGUGUUCUCCAAAUGAAAUCAAUGACAGCCUGUUGCAUGUCUCUUUGUGCUCCUUGUGCCCACUUUCCUAUACGUCAGAGAAGUCCCUCCUCAGACACAUGAGAAGAUGCCACCUUGAACAGCAUGUGAAACCGACUGAACCAAUUAUGCAUGAUCUGACACCCACAGUAAGCUUCAGUGUUGAACAAGUAUCCUCUGGUACUCUCCUCACUAGCAGCUCUCAACAACAAAUGCAGAAGGAACUGCACAACUGCUUAGAUUGUGGAAAGAGUUUUGUUCUUCAGAGUGGUCUACGACAACACCAGUGUGUUCACAAAAGCCAGAAGUCGUAUCACUGCUCACAGUGUGGGAAGAGUUUUCAUCUUGAAACCGCUUUCAAACGACACCAGAGCAUUCACACAGGAGAGAAGCCGUAUCACUGCUCACAGUGUGGAAAGGGUUUUUCUCAACAGAGUUCCCUCCGAACACACCAGCGUGUUCACACAGGAGAGAAACCAUAUCACUGUUCACAAUGUGGAAAGAGUUUUACUCGUAAGACUCAAGUCAAACUACACUAUCGCAUUCACACAGGAGAGAAGCCGUAUCACUGCUCACAGUGUGGGAGGAGUUUUACUGAAAAGGGUGAUCUCCGAAUGCAUCAGCGCAUUCACACAGGGGAGAAGCCGUAUCACUGUUCACAAUGUGGAAAGAGUUUUCCUCAUCGAAGUACCUUCAAACUACACCAGCGCAUUCACACAGGAGAGAAGCCGUAUCACUGCUCACAGUGUGGAAAGGGUUUUGCGCGUAAGAGUCACGUCAAACUACACUAUCGCAUUCACACAGGAGAGAAGCCGUAUCACUGCUCACAGUGUGGAAAGGGUUUUGCGCAGAAGAGUCACGUCAAACUACACUAUCGCAUUCACACAGGAGAGAAGCCGUAUCACUGCUCACAGUGUGGAAGGGAUUUUGCUCGUAAGAGUCACGUCAAACUACACUAUCGCAUUCACACAGGAGAGAAGCCGUAUCCCUGCUCCCAGUGUGGAAAGAGUUUUUCUCGACAGAGUUCCCUCCGAACACACCAGCUCGUUCACACAGGAGAGAAACCGUAUCACUGUUCACAAUGUGGAAAGAGUUUUACUCGUAAGACUCAAGUCAAACUACACUAUCGCAUUCACACAGGAGAGAAGCUGUAUCACUGCUUGGACUGUGGGAGGAAGUUUACUUAACAUCACAGUUUCAAAUGACACCAGCGCACUCACACAGGAGAGAAGCGGUAUCACUGCUCACAGUGUGGGAAGAGUUUUACUGACGAGUCUAAUCUCAAAACACACCAGUGCACUCGCGCAGAAAAGAAACUGUAUCAGUGCCAACACUGGAGAAGAUUUGACUCCUCCAAAUGAUGUCAAACUACAUGAAUGUGUUCACCAGUGGCGGCUCGCCAAUGCGGGGCACUGGGGCACCACCCAUUCUCCAAAUAUCUAGAGAAGGUCUACUUCACCACGUUUUAGUUAUAAAUUCAUUGUUUAAUGCAAAGUAAUUGUGAAAUAUAAACUUACUCAUACAGUGCACCUGGUAGUCUGUCAGCAUUCAUUAUAAAUUUACUCCAAACUAUAUUUGCUUAACUUCUGUCUGAAUACAUAUGUUUCCAGGUUACGGGUGCCGCACAAAUGAGUGUCUAUGAAAGGCCUUUUGCAAGCAGGUGACCUGAGACUGGAUUCAGCUCUCUGCGCUCCAGAAACUUUUUUUUUCUUUUUUUUUUUAAUAAAAUAAUUUUAUUGAAAAUGUACAAAACCAAUCUGGCAGCAACAUCAUGUUAUCCUAGUAGAUAUCGGGAAGAACAGAGAAAUUUAUCAAAGGGAACAAUUUGAUAAAAAUAAACAACUUGUAAUACAAAAUUGAAAAUGUUAUGUAGGAAAUGCUGUCAUUAAAGAUGUCCAUGGAUAGAAAGGGAAAACAAGUAAACAAGCAAGAAAACUAAUCAUUAAAAAAAAACCUGCAUGGGGAAACAUUUUAUCUAAUUCAGUGGGAAAAUGUUUUAAAAUAUCAUACAAUCUUGCUUUUGCUCCUUUUACAAGUUUUAAGGAUCUUAAGUAUCAUUUAAAUUUGGUCAAGAAAGAAACCAAUUGCGGGGAUGAGUUUUAGAAUUCUGUUCUUGUGUAUUAAAAAACCUUAGCCAGACGUAGAGUUUACAUUACUAGAGAGUUCAUCAUUUUUGUUUUGCAAGAUCAUACCAAAUGUUUAUUUUGUCUCCUGAAAUAGAAUCUGGACUUAAUGAGACUUUUUGUUUUAUCCAUUUGUAAAUGUCAAACCAAAAUGUUUUGUAUUACACCACAUGAGAGAAAUAUCUGGUCUGUAGUUUCAAUAUCAUUUUCACAACAUGAACAUAAAUGAUCAAUGUUAAAACGUAGUCCAAGUCAUUCUUUAGAAGGAUAAAUGCCAUUUCAUAAUUUUGAAAGAAUUCCAAGCGUGUCCAGUUGCCUUUUUUAGCACCUACAGUUUACAAUGACCUGGAGGACAGAUGUAAUUUUAAAGCGUUUCCUUCAUUUUGGGGGGAAUUGUGAAUGUUCUUAAUCUGUCGAUUGAAUUUUUAUGAAACGUCUGUAGGAUACAAUUUUUGUUCUGUCUUCUAGUGAAUGGUUUCUCAGUUAGACAGUUUCUAAUAAAAUAAUCAUUACAUUUCUUGUCCAGGAUUAAAAUCCUCUGAAUUGAUAGUGGGGCCAGUUGUAGCUGGCGGAUGUACUGUUAUAUUUUUCAUUAGGAACACAAAUUCUUGGGGUAUCUCUUGAGAAAAUUCUGGAAGUUGGUCAAAUCAUCAGCAGGAGAUCUGAUGCCCCCUGCUCUUCCUGAAUUUCUAAAAAUAAAUCAAAGUGAAAUCAAGGGUAAACAAAAUAUAGUAGAUGCUUUUACUAAGCAUUUAAUCACUGCAGGAAUAUGCACUCAGUCUGGUCUCCCAGUAAAUAUUAGGGAUAGUGCGGUUACCGCCUCAAGUUGUUCUGUUUCAACUUUUCCACUAUUUCCACCUCCCAAGUUCACAAGGCCUUGCUAAACCUGGACUGCAAAAAGUCUGCUGGCCCUGACCAGAUUGAGCCUUAUUUCUUUAAGAUAACGGGAGAUUUGAUUGCUGAGCCCGUUGCCUCCAUUUUUAAUCUUAGUCUAUGCAGUGGGUCAAUUCCCAGCUCUUGGAAGUCAACAUUUGUCCUCCCAUUAUUAAAUGGAGGUGAUCUCUCUAUUUUGGGUAACUAUCACCCCAUUUCUAGCUUGUCUGUUACAGCUAAACUGUUUGAAUCCUUUGUAAAUGAACAACACUUUUUAUCUGAAAAUAAUAUUUUAAGUCAUACACAAUCAGGCUUUAGACAAGACCACAGCAAUGUAACAGCUAUAAAUUCAAUUACAAAUGAUAUUAUUACUGCAUUAGAUAACAAAAAAUUA